AUGACUCUUGUCAGUGCGUCCAUGGUUGACACCACAGUGUCAGCAGCAAGACUGCCGCCUAUAGCUACUGGCGACGACGGAGACGUGCAUAGCAAACGUCAAACUACUUCCCCCUUGGCUUUGCCUGUACUCAGCGAGGUGGACCAAAAUGAACUUAUGAGGCUGUACGGCGUGUAUAAGUCCGUCAAGAAGAUUCAGGACUUUAACGAACUAGCGAGCAAGGCUCCCACCGGGAAAGCACUCGAGACGCUCGCCAAAAAGCUUGGAGGCGGAUCCUCUGCGAGUAACGUGCGAGGCGCUCUCAACAGGUUUCCCGGCCAGCCGCAAACUGUGAUAUAUUCGUUUCUUUCAGGCAUUGGGGGGUGCUUGUUCCAGGGAAAGGCCCUUACCGAAGCUAUUGAGUGCGGCAAAAACGAAGUUCGCAAAAUCAAGGAUAACGAUGUUGUUGAAGUCCCCGAGACGUGUAAUAACCGCCUCGGCCAGUUGGAGCUUUUCGGCACGGGCUGGCCAGCACCAUGCAACGAUCCCAAUAGCAUCACGCACCCGCAGGGCAGUGCUGCACAUCGCGCGUUUAAAUGGGCUUUCUGCAAGGUAUCCUCGGCAUUUUACCCCAAGGAGCUUCGCGAGAUGGAGGCGCGAAACAUUGGAACGUGUGAAGACAGGUUCCCAAGCGACCAGCAGAUCAAGGAUAACCUCUGCAAGAAGUACUUUGGCGGUAGUCCAUGCGGCGCGACAUUUCCCCUAAAUAACGAGGAAGACUUUAAGAAUGCCAAUAUCAGGCAAGAGUUGGCCAGGAACUUUUUUUUCCUCAUUCCGCCCCAGGUGAAAUUUGAAGGCAUGCUCGAACUACAAGAGAAGGGUCCUGAGUUUGUCAAUAUCUCUAACUCGAUGCCGCUUGCUGGCGAAACCUGCCUUGGUGGCAAGUGCGGCGAAGUAUGCCAGGGAGGCAAAUGCAUGCCCAUGCGCGAGGUUUGCGAGCCUAAAUGCAUACCGGAUGAGGUUGAUAUCGGCAAAUGCAACUGCGGUUGGGACCAGAUCCGCCAGAAAUGCGAUAGCUGCCACAUCGAUAAAUGCGGCGAAUGCGUCCUGAAGCCUAUUACCGCAAAGGAUGGCAACUUCUUUGCCAAAAAGGGCGAUGGAGACGACCUUGAACAACUUCACACCGAGUGUCGGGAUAACAGCGAGUGCUACUUUGUUCCCGACCGGCCAAUUCCCGCUCUCCCCAUCAAUCCCUAG